AUGACGGUUACCGCUGGUCAACGAAUCCGAUUACGUUGUCCAAUACCAGCUGAUCAACAUGAUAAUACUAUUAUUCAAUGGAAUAAAAAAAUGUCCGAAGAUAUAACUAUUGCUAUUAAUGGAAAAAUACCAAAAUCAUAUCAAAAAUAUUAUCAAACUGAAUUAAAUUUAGAAUGGAGUUAUUUAGAAUUAUUUAAUGUAGAACGUACAGAUUCUACCACUUAUACGUGUAUGACAUUUGAAACACAAAUAAUAUUAUGUCAAUAUAAUUUAGUUGUAUUAAUCAAACCAGAAUCUCCAUUAUUAACCGUCGAGGCAAACGAUAUUCAAGAAUAUAACAGUGUCAAUUUAAAAUGUUCUGCAAUUAAUGGAAAUCCAUUGCCUACAUUUAAUUGGUAUCGUGAUAAUAUGCCAAUUGGAUCAAGUUCAUUAAUGAGAAAUGUUGAAAAUGGUUCUAUUUUAACGUUGAAUGUGACACGAAAAGACAAUGGUGUCAAAUUUGAGUGUGAAAUAUGGAAUCCAGCAUUGUCAUCUCCACUUCGUGUUGAACAACGUUUAUUCGUUAAAUAUUUGCCAUAUGUAAAUAUAAUAUCAAAUAGAAGUCUCAUACAAUCAGUAACAGACAGAGUAAUGACUAUGGAACAUUUGGAUGAACAAUUUAUGUGUCAGGUAGAUGCAAAUCCAAAUCCAACAACCAUCUAUUGGAUAUUGAAUAAUACAUCAAUAAUCAGUCGUGAAGAAAUUCUUUAUUUUCAUCACUUAAAUUCUGAACAAAGUGGCAAUUAUACCUGUGUGGCAGAAAAUAUUCUUGGAAAAGUACAUCGAUCGAUUUAUAUUGUGGUUCAAUAUGCCCCACGUGUUCAAUCGAUCGAUAAAAUAUUAAAAGUAAAUCGUUCUGAUCAAGUUAUUCUACGUUGUUCGGCCAAAUCAUAUCCAAAUCCUUAUGAGAUUAUUUGGUAUAAAGAUAAAAUAGAAAUUAAUCAUCAAAAAGUUUUUAAUAAUGACAAAAUCGAAUAUCAAAUUGAACGUGUUGAACGAAAUGAUACCGGAAACUACACUUGUCUAGUAAUUAACAAAAUGUUACUAAAUAAUAAUAACAAUAAUAAACAUUAUUUUAACGCGAAUGGCAGUGCUGUAAUUGAAUUAAUUGUCUAUAGUCGACCAGUAAUGGAAACAACGUAUUCAAAAAUAGCUGCUGAAGUCGGACAAUCAGUUAAAUUAGUUUGUUCAGUAAAAGGACAACCAACACCAUCUAUUAUUUGGAAAUACAAUGAAAAAGUAUUAAAUUGCGAAGAGAAUACAAAUGAAUGUUGUAUACUCAAUUUAAAUCAUGUGACAACAAAAGAUUUUGGUGAUUAUAAGUGUAUAGCAGAAAAUUUACUUGGAAAAGAAGAAUGGACAUACACUCUUGUUUCCAAAGGAAAACCUGAACCGCCAAAUGACAUACAAAUCGAAAAAAUUACUUAUUCAUCAUUUCAAAUUCGCUUUAAACCAGGAUUUGAUGGUGGUGAUGAACAAUCUUUCAUUUUACAAAUCAAUAACAGUUUAUCGAACGUACUGAAUAAUACAUUUGAAUACACUGUUGAUGGCUUGAACGAUUCUACAACAUAUAUUUUUCGUAUAAAAUCUAAGAAUUCGUAUGGUGCAAGUGAAUGGAGUCCACAAAUGAUUGUCAAAACCAGUGAUUUAGUGAUUUCAGCAGACGAUCUUCCAUCGUUACGCUCACUAUCUUAUGAUUCGACACGAAAAUUUCUUCAAUUCGAUUAUUAUCCUGGUUAUCAUAUAUCGGAAAAGCAGUUAUGUUUGCGUAUAAAUCAAUCAAAUGAUGGGAAAGCAUUUGAUACGAGAAAUUUACAUUCAUCUUGUUUGGACAUUGUACACAAUCGAGUCAACUAUAUUAUGACCAAAGAUUAUUCACAUUUGAAACUAGCCGUUUGUCUACGUAAAAAAAUAACGCUUUGUGGAAAUAGUAUGGAGAUGAAACAUGAUGAGCGUGAUCGAACAUCGGUGGCGAUGAUUAUUGGCAUUGUUGUUACAGCCGUAUUUCUUGUGCUAGUAAUUUUAACUCUAAUGGGAAUUUUGUGUUACAGACGACGAAAAUCAUCAAAAUAUCAAAACGACACAAUAAAAUCAACAAAACCAACCGUUUCCGAACCGUUACAAAAUCCGUAUCUAUUAUACAGUAAUAGUGUACCAUAUCAACUGAAUAAUUAUCAAUAUGAUAAAACUACUAAUAUCGAAAGAGGAGCAAAUAAUUCUCGUGAUACUGAACGGGAAAGAGUGAAAGACGAAUUAUCUGUACACGAUACAUUUGAUUCUUAUGGCACAACAAAAUCACGCCACAAUUUAUCAGGAACAAUUCGUUCAUCACCUCACUGGUUAGCUGAGUCGAAAAAUAGUGGUACUGAUUCACGUUCUGGUUCUAAUCCAUCAUCGGAAUUUAGUUGUUUAACACAAAAUACAAUGAUGUUACCAAUAUUUUCAGAUACUGAAAUAGUACGUCAAGCAGAAAUAUCACAUUACGGUUUUCCGUCACAAACAUCGAGAACUUUAACAAAUACGAAACUAAAUAAUAUUAACGUGGACCAAAGUUCACACUCGAUUCUAACGAAUUUUCGAUCGCCAUCAUCUGCCAUAAUGAUUGAUAACAAUGGUGCUGGAGGAACAGAUAGUGCAUCCUCCACUCCAAAUCGAAUGAAAAAGCUAUUCUAUGAAGUUGUUGUUUGA